UCUUCAAUGGCUUUACUCCAGUCAGAAGGACAGACAACAAGAUGAGGUCCAGCUCCUCCUAUGCUGCUGCUGCUACAUCAGAGCAUCAUCUCCUUGAGCCACUAUCUGCCGUGGAUGACCUCAUGAUAUCAGAGGGCUGUCCGCAGUCUGUCAGUGACCCGCCCACCUAUUGUAUCAGAGCAGCAGGAGUUCUGAGGUACAAUCGGGAGUCUGACAACCACAGGAUGAACUUAACAACCACUCUACCAGAGCUUGUGACUGAAAGUGAAGUGAAAUGUGAGUACUGUGGAGAAAAGGCCCGACCUUCACUGGAUCUAACGUGGGCACAGGGGCCUGAGUCAGGUCCACUCUUCUGUUGUACCCGGCGGCAGUGGCUGUAUGAGAUGCUGAUGAAGGAGAGAUGUUUGGCUGAGGGGAGGUGUGACCCGAGGACCAUGACAUCGCCCAUAGACAAGCCAGCCACAGAGACAGAGGAGCUUGUCCUCCAAGGCAAGGCGAUGGAGGACCACAACAAGUUCAUCAUGGACUUGCCACAAGGACUCGGAGAACAAUCAGAACAGAGAGUCUAUGAGGAUUACUCACUCCAGCUACCUGUGGCAGAAACAAUUGCACCAACAUCAAAGGUGCUCAGCUUCCGGCUCUCCUGUGCUCUAGGAAAAGGAUGCUGGACAGUGUAUCCCUGUGGCACAACUGAGAAGCAAUUGAAAACAAAAGAGGAAGAGGAGCAGCCGUUGAUCCCUUUUUGUGACCACAAGUCACUUAAAUUCGGCAUAUGUCAUCAUCAGGCUGGGGCAGAAUUUCUGCAGAAGUAUUAUCCCAGUGGGAUGAAAUUUCUCACUGUGUUCCCUGAUGGCUCUGCUCAGGUCUUCUAUCCCUCAGGCCUCCUGGCUCUCGUUGUCGUGGUCACUGAAGAAAAUGGAAGGGUCUGCAUCGUGUAUGAAGACAGUGAUGCCUCCUGUCAACCGAUUAGAGCGCUGUUCCAGUCCGAUGGCAGGGCGACAUGUUAUCACAGCAAUGGAAAUAUAUGGCUGACCUUCAACAGUUCAGGCGGUCAGUGUUUGGAUGAGACGGGUGCCAGGGUUCGUCGGUGGAGCUGGGGCAGCCUGAGCCUCACUCCCACUCCCUUACAACCUAUAUUCCUGUCCUUCAACAAAAGCGUUGGGGUCCGAGUCCUCGGGAAGGAAAAAGUGUUUGUCUCCUUCCUGGCGAAAGGUCAACAGGUUAAGUUCAGUGUGGGCACCUGCUGCGCUCAGGCUGAAUGUAAAACAAACACGGCUGCUUCAGGACCUCCUGUACUGAAGGAGGAGCUGUUUGUGUAUGCAGCCAGGAUCAGGAUCAACCUGGCCAUUAAGCAUCUCCGCCAGUGCCUGAUGACGCCCUCCCAUCCCCGGCUGCUGAAGACUACACAAGCCCCUCACCUCCAUGGUGUCGCCCAGAGUCUUCUGGAAGUCAGUGCUAAUGUGAUGAUGAGUGAGAGUGAAAGAGCCUUCAUCUAUAGGUGCCUUCAGGACUGUCUUAAAUGCACUGGCUAACUACACUGACACAGUGACAG